CCAAGAAGUCAUAGAAAGAGAACAAGUAAUCUACUCUGUAUUCACCCAUCCCUAAAUAGCAGGGCCAGACCUAACCAUUGUGGGGCCCAAUGCGGAAAAGAUUUCGCCAGACCAAGUUUGGUAGGGAUAUGGAUAAUAAGUGAAAAUUAGGAGUUAGUAUUAGAGAAUAUAUUCGUCUUUGCAUUUUAUUCAUUCUUUACUACACACAGCUACAUAGCUUUAGAUCACGCUUAAAAGCAUGAAUUACCAAAUGUUUAAAUCUGACUUUCAGACCUUGUUGACCUCAAGUAAUUCUUCAUUAGUUUGAGGUGCGAGAAGCUUCUUUCACUAGAUUCCACAAUUACGGAAAGAGAAAUGGAGAGCUACCUGAUGAAUUUCAAGUUUAAAAGUGAAAUUGUCAAACUUUUAAAAUACUUAACCAAGCCAUCCAUUUUGCCUUUCUAUGUCUUUGUGGUGAUCUACCUGGUGGUCUUUUCUCCUCAUGUGGCAAGACCAGAUGAAGUUCCCUUUGCCGCCCUGCUGAAAGUAUUGCCCAUUUGGUACCUGGCUUUUUAUGUCUACAAGGCUCGCAACACAAGAAGUAAUUGGGAUGCAGAAGAUAGCUAUUCAGCCGUGAACUUGAAUAUUUUCUUAUGUGGAUUACUCAUGUCCAGCUUAGGAGAUAUAUGCUUAGUGUAUGAGAACCUCUUUCAGCCUGGGGUUGUGGCCUUCGCUGUUGCCCAGUUCUGUUAUUUGCUGAAUUUUAAACGGCUGUACAAGACAUACCUUUUAGCGUGGAGCUCAAUCCCUAUAGGCAUCAUGAUCUAUAUCAUUUUGUUUAUCUCCAUGCAAGAUGUGUCCAUGAAGAUCAUAGUUUUUUUCUACAACAUACUCAUCCACACAAUGCUGUUCUAUGCCUUCUCUUGUUUUGAAAGCAAACCUUGUGCUGCUACCCUCUCUAUAAUGCUGGGCGCAAGCAUUUUCCUUAUCUCAGACUUUACCAUCGCAGUGAAUAAAUGGAUAAUAAGCUUUAGCUUAGCAGAGGGUAUAAUUCUGUCAACGUAUUACGUAGCUCAAUUACUGCUCACUGUAGGUGUCACUAACGUUACCAAAGAAAAAAUUUAAUUAUUACUAGUGCUGCAAUCAUAUUACUAUACAUAUUUUAUAAUGUAUUAUUUGUGUAUUUUUAUAUAUAUAUAGUUCUGAUUAUAUCCUACUGACCGGUGAUCUCACAUUGGCAUUAAUGUUUUUAUUUAAAAAUAUUUUUGUUCAUCCAUUUGUUUUAUCAUUGUACUUAGUUCAGUACAAGAUUUUCAAGACUUGUAUAAAACCUAAGAAUUAUCAAUGCUUCUUUGAUAGGAAUGAUUUAAAUCAUUUUGAUUUAGAAGUACUGCUCUGAUAACAUAAUUCAGAAGUACUGCUCUUAUAAAAUUAUUGCUUAAAUAAUAUAUUAGAUUAAUUGCUUAAAGGUUUACUAAAUGUUGUUCUUUUAAGUCUUGUUGAAGUAAUAUUUAGGUUUGAGUGAGAUUAUUUUAUGUCUCUCUAUUGUGAUGAUGAGCAAUGCCUAUGAUGUUAAUUGUUUUCUGCCUAACCUUUAUAUUACUGCUACCAUUUGGCUUUAAUUUUUGCUUGUAGUACUUUACAACACUGAUGUUUUUAUUUUAAGUUUCACAGAGCAUCUCUAUUUUAGCAUGCUUAGUGCAAUCUAGUUCAAGACUUCUACAAAGCCUUAUCAAUGCUUCUGUGAUAGGAUUUAAGAUAAUUUCUUUAGGAAUAAGAUAACUUCUUUUCUGAACAUGGUAGGGGUACUUAGGAAUAUGGUUUCUGUGUUACUUUGAAUAUGCUCAUAAAACACAACUCAAGUGAAAUGAUGAAUUAGAAAGUCCAAGUUUUUUUGAGAUUUGAUCUUCUUGAACUUGAUACUCAGCCCCACUCAUGUCAAUCAUCGCAUGACCAAAAAAAAAGUGAUGGCUUGUUUGUAGUGUGUAAUUUUUAAAAAAAAAGCGUUUUGUUAAUAUAUCUAUAUGUAAGUAUUAUAAAAUACUAUUGUAAAAAUGCCCACUAAAUGCUAAGUUUAAUAUAAAUCAAGAUGGAAGCUGAGUGAAAAAAUCUGCUAGGAGGCUGAAGUGAGAGUCUUAAAAUCUGAAUUGACAUUAACAAUAUUCAAGAAUUAAAAGAACUGUGUUUUUUGUGCACAUUAAGGCAGCACAGAAACCUCUCCUAGUAAUUUAACCCACAAGAAUGUCUAAAAAAAAAAAAGGAAUAAUCUAGAAUAGUGGUUCUCAAACUGUGGUCUGAGAACUCCCAAGACCAGGGGUCUGAUCAAAUAACUUGAAUAAUAUUCAGCUCACCAUCACUACUGUUUUGUCAUUUAAGAACUAUUCUAUGAUGACCUAAACCAAAGAUUUGAAGACAUUCUUUACUAGAAUAUUCACCACUGGGUACUGAACUCUUUUAAACAAACUCAGAUCCCAAUCACAGAUCCAUAUUAGUAUAGAAGCAGCUUAUGAAAAUAUCCAUGAACAAGGAACUUAAUGUUUGAACAAGGAUACCACAAAUUCUGGUUACAGAUUUCGAUUUCCCAUCCUAUAUUAAGGGUUAUUGUAUAGAAGUUGCUGACUGAUCUCCUGUCUUCCUAUUUGGUGGAAUAUGGACUCAGUGUUGUAAUGAACUUCAUCCAAAUAAAAGAAACUGACUAGAAAUUUGUGCUUGUAGAGAUUUGCCGUUGCUACUUACAAACAUUAAGCAAGAAAUAAAUACACUCAUAAAAUCUUAUCUACCUCAUUUCAGUCAUUAAUUUUUUAAACUUUUACUUUAAACAAAAGUUAUAAUGUCAAAAUUUAAAAUUGUGAGUUAUUUUUUUAAAUACCGGUACAUUUGUAAUGUAUACAGUGAGCAUUUAUGUAGCGUUUUCACUUAGGAGUCUGUGGGGCUAGUUUAGACUACAUAAAGGGUUCCCCUGGUCAAAAUAUUUUAAGAACCACUGUUCUACAACACACUGAGCAUGCACAAAGUAAUUAUAGUAAUAUCAUCAUAGUAAUAGCAUCACAUUCUAAAGUAUAAAUAUUUCAUUUGAUAAUUUCUUGUACAAGUUUAUGGUGGCCUGUAAUUAUUCUUGUGUUGAUUAGUAUUUUUUAUGCCAAGCCAAACAAUGCAAUGUGAUCAAUAUAUUUUUUUUUUAUUAAUAUUACUUCUUUAGAAUAAAAAUGAUUUUAUGUUGUUUUUUAAAUGUAUUUUUUUACAAUAUCAAAGCUUAUUCAGCUUGUAAAAGUUGUCCUUCAAUAUUGUUUUUGUUUACAAUAAAAUUGUAAUUGCAACCAUCUCUA